AGUCGGUCAUCGGCGAUACGCGUGCGUAGUAAUAGUAUUUAGCGAUUAGCGCGCAGCAUUAGUAGCUCCGCGUGUUAUAACGAAGGACGAUCAUUAGUGCUUGAGUAGAAACGCGUAAAAUGAGUUAUACGAACUUAAAAGGCGUAUUGGCACAUGCGCGUUGUGAAAUAAUGUGAAUAUCAACUGAGCUGAAAAAAAAUUAUAAUUAUUAAUACUAUACUGCAUAACAAAAGGUGUUUGUGCUCUGACAGUGUAAUAUUUGUGUUUAAACUUUAUUACCAAUAAACUACUGACUUCAAAACAAGAUUUAUAAAACAAUGAGUUUUACGUUGCUACCGACUAACGCCUAUCAUGUACGCCCCACUUGCUCGCCGUUUCGCGUGCAGUUGCACAUACUAUUUGGUUUUGUGUUGGGUUUUCUGAUGGCGCUAGGUACACUACUGCUAUAUAAUCACUAUCAAAUUGAGAGCGUACAACAGCGGCAACACACUACUGCCACCGAGUACUGGCAAACGGGUUACAUGACGGCCUUGCAGGAGGUGGCCACCGAGGCCGAUACGUUGCAACAACAGCUCAACGAGCGGGUGCGUGUGCUAUGCAUGGUGUUGACAUCGCCUAGCCAGCAUGCGAGUCAUGCGCUACAUGUGAAAGCCACUUGGGGCAAACGUUGCACGCGUUUGAUAUUCUUGAGCAGCGAGGAGGAUGAGGAAUUGGGCGCUGUGGCAGUAGUGGAAAGUGAGGCGGACACUUAUGAUGAUUUGUGGAAUAAGACACGCGAGGGAUUUCGCUAUGUGUACGAACGUUAUUUGGAAGACUAUGAUUGGUUCGUCAAGGCGGACGAUGAUACUUACAUGGUUAUGGAAAAUUUACGUUACAUGCUUUACGCAUAUUCCCCGGACAUUCCAAUCUAUUUUGGCUAUCAGCUGGUGCGUUAUGGUGUG